CUUGCCGUGUAAAGAAAAUCAAGGUAAAAAAGAUGACCGAUCAGUUACGAUCCCACUUGGCAGAUACUCAUCUACUAUUUUUCUGAAUGUUCUUUUCUAGUGCGAUGGAUUGCAGCCAUGCAUGCAGUGUAAAGCUCGUCGACGUCCUUGCUCUUUUUCCGAUGUGAAUUCGCCUUCGGAUUCCGAAGCUGGAGAUGAUGGCAACGACGGUGUAGCAGGUACUCACGACAUUCCAUGCAACGGCCAGCAGAAUACGAGAACGAAAACCGGAGAACAAAACAGUAAUGAGACGGAAGAAUUUGAACGUCGGCAAACAAAAGACAUAUUAGACUUUCUGUGUGAAAUGCCAGCUCCUGAAGACAGCUUCCACGAAUGGACGGUCGAUGACCAAGUAUUAAGAAAGCGUAAAAUCUUUAUCGAACCUUCAAUACCUCCUAUUCAUGUGGAAAUGCCUUCGCAAAAAGUGCAGCAACACCUGAUUUCGCUCUAUUUUAAACAUUGCUACGCCUUGUUUCCUGUGAUACCGAAACGCGUGUUCCUUGACCAUUUCGAACGCAAAACCGAUCUCGUUACCCCUCUCCUUCUUCUUAGCAUGUACGCCCACGCAGCUUACUUUAGCGACUCGGAGAACAAGGAAACCUACUUUGAACGCGCCAAAUCCAUUCUCGACGGAUAUCUGGAUACCGCGCGCAUUAGCACCGUCGUGGCACUUUGUUUGUUAUCCGUGUACGAACUCGAGCAUGCCGCGAAAACUAGUAUCACCCGUUCGUCCGCGUACGGUGCAAUGGCGCUCCGUAUGUGCACAGACAUUACCGAUAUGCCCAUCGACCAGAACAAGGAAGACAUCGAAUUACGCAAACGAGUGUACUGGGGAUGUUACUGUCUGGACAAAAUCAAAAGCGCUUGUACGGAACAGCCUUGUUUGCUUCGCAGUACCGAUCACGAUCCUGACAUGCCAUUGUUGCAACCGGGCGAUGAUGCGACUGAAAAUGAAAUUUUGGGCGGGUUUGUAGCGUACAUUAAAUUGAUGAUGAUCUGUGAGCGUGUACUACAACAAGCCAAGCCUAUUGUGCGCACAGAGCAAUACGAGCAAACCUUGCUUGCCUUUGAUAACGAACUUUUGCAUUGGCUUCACGGAUUGCCCAAUCAUCUUCAUUGGACUCCAUUAUCACGUCCCGGUCAAAGCGUCUCGUGCGAACCCCCGGCCAAUGCCAUGGUGGCUCAUCUUCAUUUGGCGUACAACGUUGUCCAACUCCAAGUGUUGCACACAUCCACAGUCACACCUUCUUCGAAAGUCAUUUUGGAACGUAGCACCGUCGUUGCAUCUCACAUCACUGAACUUGUUUGUUUACUCACCCGGCAAACCAAAUUUUCCAUUGAACAUUUCCUCACCGCUUCUGCUUUGAAAUCGGCCAUUCAAGUUCAUCUCCUCAAUGUUGCACGAGGAGAAAACCGACGAGCCGCUCAUUCUCUGUUUCUACGAUCCAUCCAAGCUCUUCGGCACUUGGUUGACGAUAGAGACAUUCCCGAAGUGGCUUCUUUUGUCACUGGAUUGAAACAAGCCAUAGCUGACAAACCGAGUUCUCCUCCUUCGUUUUCCGAAGAUGAUUUUCAUUACGCAACGACGUACGGGCUGGUGACCCCGCCUUCCACUGGCACGGUCAAAACGGGAUCGUUAUCCCCUCCAUCCAUGACAUCAGGUCCCGCCACGCAUGCUCCCCAAACUUCCCAAUCAACUCCGGCUUAUGCCACUUCUUGCAAUAUGACCCCCUUAUGGCGACAACCAAUGCCUACCGAUCGCAUGCUGAUGCAGUACCGUUACCCUUAUCCGCUCGAUUUUUUGUCCCCCAUGGAAAAUGACUGGCCUCGACAUGGCGACAUUUCCACCAUGGACACAUUUUUGUACCGAGCUCGUAAAAUGUUCACCGAGCAACAGCAAGAUGAUCCGUCAAAAAUCAAUCAUGCUGCCUAUGUUUCUUCAUCCAAACCGUCCGAUGCUCCCUCGUCUACUCACGGAACAGUGUCCGACGAUCGGCCGGCAUGGCCAACGCAGCUAUCGUCUUCAACGGACGAUAAUUUGCUUUAUUCCAUAUUUUCCGACCAUCAGCCCCAAAGCUCCCUGGAACACCAAGAUCCGCCGCCCGCCUCGUCAUCCCCACCUUCAAUCCACCAUAACUACCAUACCAAUGUACUAUCAUCACAAACCAAAGCAGUCUCAUCCUCAUCCGACAUUUCUUCUUCCUCUUCUUCAUCUCAAGCUUACAUCUCUGCAUCCCAAGCUUCUGCAUCUGAACCUCUGCAUUUUAUACAACCUUAUCAGCCUUACAUGAAUAUUGGUCUCGGCGUCUAUGCCUCGGCUCACCAGCAUCACACCGAUGUCAUUAGACAGCAUUUCCCGCUUGUAGAAUCCAAAACCAACCCUGCUGUACGACCCGUCAUCCUCACCCAUCAAGGUCAAGUCAUUGUAACAGGCGCCGAUUCCGACCCUAUGCCUCAUAAGAGUAAAGACAUCACAUCGACAGACGAACAUUGAAC